AUGAGACCACUCACAUGCAUGAUUCUGUUGGCUGCCUCUGCUACCGCCGCACCUAUCGCUAUUCCUUUCUCCAAACAUUUCCAACUCAAGUUCACAGGCGCCAUCAUCCAAGAGCAUAACAACCUCUAUGUUUACGCAUACCACACGGGCGCAGGCACUUAUGAUGCAGCUCUGACCAAGGAUCUAAGUACUACUAGCUCUGUUUCUGAAAUUGGUACCAAAUCUCCGUUCAAUUUCCAUGAUGAAUUACCUUCGUGUGUCUAUGAGCUUAAAAAGGCAUCGCGCGAAAUGGGAGAUGAGGGCAACUGGAAAGCGGCCCUUGAAGAAGCCAAGCACGACUUCGUGGAACCGGGGAAACUAACAGAUCUAUUACGAGAACUUACUUGCGAGGCAAUCUCCUUUGUCAAAGAAUACCAGCUUGUCACCGUGCCGCCAAUUGCAAAGGAAACACCGGCGGCACCAAAUAUACUUCUUCGGGUUCGAUCUCGAUUAAUGAAGGACAAGGAAUUAAUUGAUGUUCAAUCAAGCGCAACAGCUUACAGUGUUUGUGACUGGUAUCAUAAUGUGCCUCGGCUUUUCUCCUUGAAUCGCGAUCAUGGUGCCAGUAUUCCCUCCAGGUGCAGGAAAUCAAAUUAA